AUGCGUCUCUUCGUUCCCCUUGUCUCAUUCCUGGGAGCCGUCGGUGCGCUGCCAACCCCCAAUGCCCCGUCGAACGACACCCUAGUGCAAACCACUCUCCCGACCAGCUUCCGGUGGACUUCCAGCGCCCCCCUGAUCGCGCCCAAGAGUGACAGCUACAAUAUUGCUGGCUUAAAGGACCCGUCGAUUGUCAGCUACGGCGGCAAAUACCACGUGUUCGCCAGCACCGCGAAGGCAUCGGGGUAUAACCUGGUCUACCUCAGUUUCUCCGAAUUCAGCCAAGCGGCAUCAGCUACCUUCCACUACCUCGACCAGACCCCAAUUGGCACGGGCUAUCGCGCCGCACCGCAGGUCUUCUACUUUGCGCCGCAGGGACUGUGGUAUCUCGUCUAUCAGAACGGAAAUGCCGCCUACUCGACAAACCCCGACAUCAACAACCCGGCGGGAUGGAGCGCCCCCAAGACCUUUUUCAGCAGCAUGCCCAGCAUCAUCGUGCAGAAUAUCGGCAACGGAUACUGGGUCGAUAUGUGGGUCAUCUGCGACGCCUCUACCUGCUACCUGUUCUCGUCCGACGACAACGGCCACCUCUACCGGUCCCAAACCCCCGUGUCCAGCUUCCCCAACGGCAUGGGCAACACAGUCAUUGCGCUGCAGGACUCGAAUCGCUACGCCCUCUUCGAGGCCGCCAACGUCUACAGCACCGGCGAUGGCAAGUACCUUCUCCUCGUCGAGGCCAUCGGCAACGACGGCGCGCGGUACUUUCGCUCCUGGACCGCCUCCAGUCUGACCGGCACCUGGACGAGUCUCGCAGAUACCGAGGCUAAUCCAUUCGCGCGGUCCAAUAACGUGGACUUCAACAGGAAUACCUGGACCAAGAGUAUUAGUCAUGGCGAGAUGGUGCGCUCGCAGGUUGAUCAGACUAUGACCAUUAGCCCCUGCAAUCUCCGCUAUCUGUACCAGGGGGUGGAUCCGAGUGCCAGUGGCGACUAUAACGCGCUGCCGUGGAAAUUGGGCAUCUUGACGCAGACCAAUUCGGUGUGUUAG